GUGCUGGUUUAAGUGACUUGGUUACGGGUGCGGGUCUGGCGUGACAGCGUCCUGAAGCAGACCACACCAGGCGGUCAACUACUAGUUGACUCGCGACUUGCAGGUGCAAGUCUUCUUCUCCUAUCUUGAUCUUCACUUAUGGCUUCAAGAUACCAUCCUCUUCCUCCCUCUGGAGUCCCCCUUGUGACAGCAUCGUAUCUCCCCCAAGAUGCCGGGUUCUGAAGGCUGCGACCGGCAGCCGUCAACAGACUGCCGAAAGAGGAUAAAGUGGCUUUCGCGUGCCGGUUCUGCGCGUCCAGCUUCCUCGCCGCCUAUCCAGCAUCCCAUCCAGCAUCCCCUCCCUUGCGUUGCUUGCCGCCACCACCCCGGGCAUGGCUUGAACUCGACUUCAUGAUCGGACCUGUCACAUCAGCCUGCACCAGGGAUUUUUUCGCCCAGUCGUCCUCGUGAGUCUCUGUCGCCAUGCACCACUCUCAGCUGGCCCCGCUGCCGAAUGACUUGCCCUUCCGCAUCGUCUCCAAGACCAUCGGCCAGGGUGCCUACGCCUGUAUCAAGAAAGCCGUCCCCACCUACACAGACAACCCCGUCUUCGCAGUCAAGUUCAUCCACAAGGAAUAUGCCGCCCGCCAUGGCAAGGUCACCCCGCGUCAGUUGCAGAUGGAAGCAACCGUCCAUAAGCAUAUCGGGGAUCACAACAACAUAAUCUCCUUUUUCCAGACGGGCGAGGAUGACGUCUGGCGCUGGGUGGCCAUGGAGCUGGCCGAGGGGGGCGAUUUGUUCGACAAAAUCGAGUCCGACGAGGGCGUGGGUGAGGACAUCGCCCACGUCUACUUCUCGCAACUCAUCAGUGCCGUGGGCUACAUGCAUUCCAAGGGGGUGGGACACCGCGAUAUCAAGCCGGAGAACAUGCUCUUGACGGCCGACGGCAACCUGAAAAUCGCCGAUUUUGGCCUCGCGACGUUGUUCGAGUAUAAGGGCGUGACUAAACUCUCCACCACAUUCUGCGGAAGUCCCCCCUACAUCGCCCCAGAGGUCAUCUCGUGCAGUAACAGGAAUAUGGUGAAGGGGUCUGGUUAUCGACCGGACCUGGUGGAUAUUUGGUCCUGUGGGAUUGUGCUGUUCGUGCUACUGGCAGGCAACACCCCGUGGGAUAGUCCGACCGACGGCAGUUACGAGUUCCAGGAAUAUCUAGCGACAAACGGGCGGACAUCUGACGAGCUCUGGCAACAGCUACCGACGGCAACUCUCUCCCUGCUGCGGGGUAUGUUGAAUGUCAAUCCAGCAAACCGGUUCUCCUUGGAAGACGUGCGAAGACAUCCCUGGUACACCCGACCGAACAAAUAUCUGUCGCGCAACGGCACGCUCCGCGACCCGAUUAAUUUGGCAACCACCAUGUUUGAGUCACUCCAUAUCGACUUUUCCCAAGAUCCCUUCGCGCGGUCGCAGGGGGGCAGUUUUGCGGGCGCACGGAUGGACGUCGAUCUCGGCGAAGAACGAAUUUCGUCCACCCAACCGGACAUGCCGAGAGGAGACAUGCUGGUGGACUGGGACAUGCCCCAGGUGGCCGAUGCGUUCUCUUCCACGCAACCCAUGGGACGGCCCUUUUUUGCAGAUGACACGUCGGUGCAGGAUCAUCUGGAGGAUGAGCCAUCUAUGUCACAAUUCUCGCCGCAUCCGUCUGUGCCCCUCAGUCGGACACAAAAGGCUCAGCGGUUCCAGGACAUCGUGCCCUCUCGUCCGAUGACACGCUUCUUUUCCACUUGGGAGCUCAAGAUACUGGUCCCUCUCAUCAGCGAGGCUCUCCACCGCCUCGGGGUCCCUGUCCCUGCCAUUCCUGCGGUGUCUGCUGGAGACACCUCCGCGAUGAUCCGGAUCGUCACUCGGGAUGGGAGAAUGUGCACACUCCAGGGCAAAGUGCUGAUGGAGUGUGUGUCGGAGGGCCUCUUCGAGAUCGAAUUUAUGAAAGUCAAGGGAGAUCCGCUGGAGUGGCGACGCUUUUUCAAGAAGGUGGCUGUUCUUUGCAAGGAUGCUGUCUACAAGCCCGACAGUUAGGCCGAGCGGUCGGCUUGAACAAGCAUUCUCAUUGCGUCUUGUCACGUCUUACGGUUAAUGUACGAGUAAUGGAUUUAUGAUGAUUGGGUAUGAAAUUGGCAGGACGGGUUAGGUUCAAGGGUUAUGCGUUGGCUUUGUUGGUUAUUACUGGUUUAAAAAAAAAAUACAAUGACGGUCUUAUUUUCAGAGAUAGUGCGAGUACUACUAUGUUGUUUGUCAGAGAAUGUGACUAGG